AUGAUUUGCGACUCCCAGACACAGUCCGCUUUCGUUAGUCGUCUGCCGCGCGAGGUUCGCGAUGCUGUCUAUUUCCAACUGUGGCGCUCAUGCGGUCUUCGCCAGCAUAUUCUAUGGCAUGGCGCCGCGGAGGACAAGCACUUCUGUCGAUGGUCGUGCACUACGGAGUAUCAGGUCAAGGACGAACUACAACGCGACAUUGAGAAGAUGAGAGAAAAGCUCGGAGUCUCGCUGGGCCAGGAGAUAGUGCGAGACCGGCAUGACAACGCGCCACGAUACUGCAGACGACUGCAAUCUCCAUGGAUGAAUCAUUGGCUCUGUGGCGAGCGCGCAUUCGAAAAGCACGGUGUUUCAGCUAUCCGUGGAUCCAGCACCACGACAAUUGUCUGCUGGAAAACAGAGAGGAAGGUUACGCCCCAUCGACCGUGGGCAACCGCAUACAUUCCUAUGCUAUUGUCGUGCAAGGUCAUCUCUACUGAGUGCCUUCAAUCCAUAUACGAAUCGACAACGUUCAUAUUCACCGAUCUGGCGACAGUCCAAAUGUUCUUUGGCGCCUGCGCCAUACACCCAGCGAUGAAGACGGCUAAGAUGGGGGUAACGCCCCCGGCGCUUUUCAACCAUGCCCGAAGCUUGGAACUGUCUCUAAGUCCGGACUUCCCGGCGCUGCUGAUGUGUGCUAAUUACGACCUCCCUGGUAUCCCUCGUCGCCACGACGUUUACGACUUCCAUUGGCUGCGGUUCGACAAGUUCAAGAAUUUAAAAAACGUUUGCAUAUGGAUUGCAGCGCGAUCCCUCACUUGCGGCAUUGAAGCUAACAGUAGCUUCUGCGGCAUCAAGGAGUUCGACGUCCAGGGGUUGAAGGACAUGUUAUCCUCAUUCAAGACUAUCGAAUCCGUCACGCUGAGUACACCGCUGAGCCAAAGGAUCGGCCCUCAAGAGGGCUAUGUGGAUAUUGGUGCAGCGCCCGGUAGCUGGAUUGCGUAUUCGAUGGACUCAUUCAUACCCACCCCACACAGGAAGUUCAACUUGCACGCAGAGAUGGCACUUAUGAAGUCAUGA